AUGGUGGCGAACCAUCAAAGGCUUGCCGUUUCUCCUGAGCAUUUGGCAUCGGUUCGAGCUUUGAGGGAUCCACCCGUGGGAAGAGAUCAUCCAGCCUAUCAGCCAUGCGACUUCGCAGGUUAUGUGGAGAAAGAAAAUAUCCCAGAUACGCUGAACUCGUACGUGUACUUCAGGCAUUUACCACGAUCGCGUUGGUCGGCUUAA